ACCGCCUCAAGCAAAACCCUUCAACAAUUUUUCCCGGGACUCUAUGCAUCGCAUUUUUGUUUCUGUGGAAGAAAAAAAAAUGCGUACCAGAAACGGGUCCAAGAGACAAAACCAGUCUUCGGGUGAGCCAAGUACGAUGAAAGUUAAAGGAGAAUCAAAAAGUGGCUCACAAAAAAAUAAAAAACAAGCCACUGAUACAGUGAUGGCAACAAACCCUUCAGAGACUGAAGAUUGUAGUGGAGCUGCAGCAGGAAGUACUCUUGGAGAAGUUGGUGUUGCUAGCCUUAAUGAUGCUUCUGUGGAUGAUUGGGAGGAUGAUGAGUUGGAUUGGGAGGAGGAGGAUGGUUCAAAUCCUCAAUUGAAUGACAACUGUACAGAUGAUCGCAUUGAGGGACUGACUAUUGAAUUUGAUGACCCAUCAGAUUCUGCUAGGAGGAAACCCGUGCGUCGAGCUUCUGCUGAGGAUAAGGAAUUGGCUGAGCUUGUCCAUAAGGUUCAUUUGCUUUGUUUACUUGCAAGAGGCAGGUUGAUUGACAGUGCUUGUGAUGACCCUCUUAUUCAGGCUUCAUUACUUUCUCUUCUACCAACACAUUUAUCAAGGCUCUCAGGGGUCUCAAAACUUACUGCAAAUGCUUUGUCUCCUCUUGUCUCCUGGUUCCAUAACAACUUUCGUGUUAGCAAUGUGGUUCAUGGAAAGAGAUCAUUCCAUUCUUCUUUGGCCUUUGCACUUGAAACUCGCGAAGGGACUCCUGAAGAGAUUGCAGCAUUAUCAGUGGCAUUAUUUAGAGCUCUGACAUUCACAACCCGGUUUGUGUCUAUACUGGAUGUUGCUCCCUUAAAGCCUGAGGCAGACAAAUAUGGAUCUUCAAGUCAAGACAGAGUAAGAGUUGGUAAAGGGAUAUUUGGUACUUCAACACUGAUGGUGGCUAAUCCAAAAGAGGUUUCUGGAUCUGCAUUGCCAGUUAAAUCAAUCUCAUGCAAGGAGGAAGACAAUCUUUGUGAAACUUCUUUGAGGGCUUCAGACAGCAGCAGGAGUGUCUAUAAAACUAUCAAUGACUCUAAAUCAAAAGAUUCUGCCAUUAUUGAUGAAUCAGAUAGAGUGGUGGGUUCAUUACCAAGUGAGUUACAGUCUGAUCCAUCUGAAGCAUGUACCAAUGAAUCCCAGGCUUUAAAAAGGAAAGGGGAUCUUGAGUUUGAGAUGCAGUUGGCCAUGGCUCUUUCUGCAACAGCUGUAGAGACCCGUGAAGGUAGUGCUAGGGAAGAUGUGAAUAAGUUAAAUAGUAAUGAUUCUUUAGAUGUCUCUAGUCCAAGGAAAAGAAUGAAGAAAAUUCAAAGUGUUGAAUCUUCUAGUUCUUGCCAUGGAGUCUCUACAGCAAUUGGAUCAAGAAAAGUAGGAUCUCCGUUGUUUUGGGCUGAAGUGUACUGUAGUGGGGAGAAUAUGUCGGGAAAGUGGGUACAUGUUGAUGUGGUGAAUGCAAUUAUAGAUGGUGAGCAGAAGGUAGAAGCUACAGCUGCUGCCUGCAAAACAUCAUUGAGAUAUGUGGUUGCUUUUGCAGGUCAUGGGGCCAAAGACGUUACACGCAGAUACUGUAUGAAGUGGUACAAGAUUGCUUCCAAACGAGUUAAUUCAACUUGGUGGGAUGCAGUACUGGCGCCUUUGAGAGACUUGGAGUCAGGUACAACUGGGGGAAUGGUUCAUUUGGAAAAGCUCGAGAAUGAUGCUUCAAAGGAGCAUGAAAAAGCAAAAACACUGCAGAGUUCUGAGCAUCCUCAGAACUGUGUCAAUUUGCCUGGGCAGUCGGGUCUAGAAGUAACUAAAGAAAACAGGAGUGUAACUGAAGUCAAGUCUUGUACACCAAAUUCUUAUGUUGCUACCAGAAACUCUCUUGAGGAUAUGGAACUGGAAACUAGGGCACUAACUGAGCCUCUUCCCACCAAUCAACAGGCUUAUAAAACUCACAAACUAUAUGCACUUGAAAGAUGGCUUACAAGAAAUCAGAUAUUGCAUCCAAGGGGUCCUAUUCUUGGCUACUGCUCUGGUCAUCCAGUUUAUCCCCGGACUUGUGUACAAACUCUCAAGCCAAAAGAAAGAUGGCUUCGUGAAGGGCUGCAGGUUAAAGCCAACGAGCUUCCUGCAAAGGUGAUUAAAUGUCCUGCAAAACUUAAGAAAGUACAAGUUUGUGAAGAUGAUGAGUACACUGAGGUUACUAAAGGAACAAUUGAGCUUUAUGGGAAAUGGCAGCUUGAACCAUUGCGUCUGCCUCGUGCUGUUAAUGGGAUUGUUCCAAAGAAUGAGCGUGGUCAAGUUGACGUGUGGUCCGAGAAGUGCCUUCCUCCAGGGACUGUGCACUUACGGUUGCCAAGGAUAUUCACAGUGGCAAAGAGGCUGGAAAUUGAUUAUGCACCCGCCAUGGUUGGGUUCGAGUUCAGACAUGGUCGUGCAGUUCCUAUCUAUGAAGGCAUUGUGGUCUGUGCUGAAUUCAAAGAUGCAAUAUUAGAGGCAUUUGCAGAGGAAGAUGAGAGAAGAAGGGCUGAAGAGAAGAAACGAAAUGAAGCACAAGCUCUCUCAAGAUGGUAUCAACUUUUGUCAUCAGUUAUCACUAGGCAGAAGUUGAACAACUGUUAUGGAAAGGGUUCGUCAUCAACAAUGCCAGGCAACAUUCAUAAUACAAAUAGUAAUAAAAACACCCCAGCCAGGAGCGGACAGGACGACGGCCAAUCUACGAGACGUCAACAGGAAGAUGGAAGGAAUUUUACCUCAUCAGUGGGUCUGGCAGAAGACCAUGAACAUGUGUUUUUGCCAGAGGAUCAGAGUUUCGAUGAGGAGAACUCAAUGCGGACGAAACGAUGUCAUUGUGGAUUUUCAAUCCAAGUGGAAGAACUGUAGCGAUUUUACUGAAACAUCUUAUUGAGUUUUCUUCGUGGAAAAUGGAAAUCAACAAAGAUCUUGAACACAGUUUAAUGUUGUACCCUGUACAGAAACAUGCAGCACUGGGAAGAACGCAAAUGAAUUUCUGGUUUUCUCUGGAAAUGUUGUAGCUUCUUUUUUUUAUAAAUUAAGGUAAUUAUU